AUGGCCGAUAAAGAAGUUGUGGACGGCCUUCCAGAAUGCUGGGCGCCGGAUAUUGUGGUAGGCAUUGAUUUUGGGAUGACCUUUACAGGGGUUGCAUAUUCUUGUGGCCCGGAAUGGUUACCCCCAAAGACAAUACAACGUUGGCCGGGAAGGUUGCCCGGAGAGCUCGCAAACAAAGUGCCUACCGCGAUUGAAUAUUGUCCUGAAUCCGGCAAUGUUAAAAAUUGGGGGUUCAAGUGUGAUCCAGAAAUAAGGGGCUCAGAUAUCAAGGAGUUCUUCAAGCUACACCUUGCGCCUCAGUAUCAAGCUGAAAAUCAGGGAGGUCCUACUCGGCUGGAGGCCCAGCGCUGGUUUCAGGACUACAUCCUAUGCAUAUAUCACCACGUGGUCUCUCACUUCAAUAGCUCAAUCCCGCACUUUGGGUCGCGCCAAGUCGAAUUUCUUUUCAGCGUGCCAACAACAUGGAAAGACGUACGGAUGGUUGAGGAAACACGGGCGAUUCUUGAGCGCGUCAUUAACACAAAGACACCGCGCCACCGCGCUUUUAUAGGUCUAACCGAGGCAGAAGCAGCGGCGGUAUAUGCCGGAAAUGAACAUUACAUGGUGGACGAUACGAUUCUUGUCUGCGAUGCAGGUGGAGGCACGACGGAUGUGAAUGUCCUGAAGCUUAUUUCAACACGAGGUGAGCCAACUAGACUGGAGCAACUGGGCCACGUUGAAGGGCAACCUAUUGGCUCUGUUUUUAUUGAUAGGAGAAUCCACCAUCUGAUUUGCCAAAGAUUGGAUAAAAUUCACGACCAUUUAGAGCUCUCACCAAGUGAUGCAGCAUGGAUCAUGACUUCAGGUCGUUUCCAAAGAUUGAAAUGUGCCUUUGGCACGGACGCUAUAUUGACGCCGUGGUUGAAGCUCGACGUUCCAACAUUAGGGCCGAUGCUAGACUUGCCAGAGGCGGAAAUUCACAAUGGCCAAAUGCAUAUUGCAUGGGACGAGCUUAAAAAUUGUUUUGAUAUAAUGGCGAACAAGAUGUGUACGCUCCUGGACGGGCAUAUCCAGAAGAUGCAGUCCAAAUAUCCAGGAGACCAAAUAUCGUAUCUUGUUCUCUCCGGGGGCUUUGGAAGCUCCCCUUACAUAAGACGAUGUUUGAUGGACAGAUUCGGUAGCUCGGCCGAUAAUAAACACCCCAAUGCUGAAAACAUGCAGAUUCUUCUAGCAGAUGAACCGCAACUAGUAGUGGUCCACGGGCUUGUUUUGGAUCGGAUUCAGCAGAUUAAACGCGGAGUAGUCACAUUUGGGUCAAGAUGUGCUCCUGUAAGCUACGGGAUUAUGUGCGACAAACUUUAUGACCCGAAGAAGCAUGUUGGAGAGCCAGGCUGCCCAAUUCCAUACACCGGCAUAACGAAAGAGUUUCAGCUCAAGGUGGACCCAGGUCGAGAGAAUGAUCACUGGAAGGUACAGAUCGUCAUGUCAACCCUGCCCGCUGACAAUCUCCCAUACAACAUGCGAGAAAAGGGCGCUCAAAAAGUCUGCAGCCUUGAUAUUUCCGUGGAUGACGUCGACAAGAAGCUAAAAAAUCGACACUGGUACAGCAUGAAGCCUGCCUUUUGGCGGACUGUGUUCGAGGUGAAGGUUGUGGUCGGGCCUGCCGACCUGUCAUUCCAGCUAUGGUCCAAGGAUAAGAGGAUUGUCAGCGGUAAACACGAACCCAUCGCAGUGCAAUGGAUGGCUGCAGAAGAAUUGGAGGAGUAA